AUGUCACCGCUCAACUGUUCUACUCUCUCAAAUGCCUCCUUGCCUUUAAACUGUACAACCGAACUUUCCUUGACAGGAUACAACGAACCAGAAGCGCUAGCUUUGCUCCGCUUGUUCGCAUAUUCGGUGAUUUUUAUCGUAGGCGUUGGCGGAAAUCUGCUUGUUAUGCUUACAAUCCGCCGGCCACACAUGAAAACGGUGACCAACAUAUUUAUAACGAAUCUUUCCGUGGCUGAUUUCCUGGUCUGCCUUCUCAAUGUUCCUAUGGUAACAACACUGGGACAUUUAGGAUACUGGCCAUUUGGCGAGUACUUAUGCAAGUUCCUAUCCUUCCUUCAAGGUGUCUCCCUAUCGGCAUCAAUUGGGACCUUGAUAGCAGUGGCAGCUGAUCGUUUCAAGAUGGUUGUGUUGUACCAGAAGCCAAACACAAAAAUCCACCAGGCGUACACAGCUGUCGUAGUGAUUUGGAUCUCUUCCAUCGCUCUACCAUUUCCCCUUCUCCUGUUUUCACAUAUAAUUCAUGGCGCCAGUGAAGAACAGUGCAUCGAAAUCUGGCCCAGCCCUUACUCAAGGAAAAUAUACACGCUGUUUGUGGCUAUUUUUCUCUAUUUCAUUCCACUUGGGGCAAUUUCCAUCUUGUAUUCGCUCAUUAUAAGGAAGCUUUGGAGUUUAACAGAGUCUCGGAAAGGUAAGUACACCGGCUAUGUUGACCUUAACUUCGUUUGUAUCCGACGGCUAACCCACACGCAGAAAUAGGUAGUAUUCAGCGGUGGAUCCAGAGGAGGGACCCGGGGGGUCCGCCCUUAUUUUUAGACCAAGCUUAGGGCCGAAGGGCCGAAAAAAUUUUUUGGAGACCGGGCUCCCCUUAUGUAAGGGUCUGGAUGACCGUCCCGCCCCCCUCCUUAUCUCAAGGUCUGGAUAAGGCACUGGAAUUAACACUUGUCUAUCUUUUCUUGCCGGCCUUCCUUUGUCUAUCUUUAUUUUUUCUCAUUUUCAUAAAGAAAGAAUCUGCAAAGGUCUGCAAGAGCUUUAGUCUUUUGAAAAACAGUACUUAGCUUCAUUAUUUUUAGGAAAAUAAGUCGUCCAUUUCAGCCCUCUGAGCUAAAAGGUAGAAACGUUAAAAAGGCGAGAGUGGUGAAAAUAUGUUGUCCAAGUGUGGUAUACUCAAAAAUAAAAUAUCCAAACGGAACUGACCUUUUGGAAAGAUACGAGAAACGGACAAAGGAAUACAAAACAACCGUAAGAGACAAAACACAGACAUCCUAUGAUAUUAUUUUGCUCAGUUUUAAGGACUCCAAAAGAUUGCCUUAGUCACAACAUUUGCGGUAUCUGCAGGAAAAGAAAACACCAUGAUCCCAAGAAAAUAAAGCUUUUUAACUUGUUCAAAAGGUGGAUAGCGCUAUCCCCAUGCUAAAUAUCGAUCCAGUGGAUCACCCAAUUGCUUCCACUUAUACUUUCCGCUGGAUAUAGUGAUUUAUCUGGUGGAUAGCAUGCACUAUUCAGCGUUUAGAUCACGGGGGCCAGUUAAUUGUUUUCAUUCUUCGUGGUCAUGUUCAGCCUCAUUUUCAAAAUAUGCAUGAAAAUUCAACCCAAAUAGAACAGCUAGAGUGGGCAUUUAACUGACUAAAUAACCAACAUCAAUGAUGUCAUGAUAUAAUUCACGCUGUGAGUUAAACGAAUCCCCCCUAUUCCGACAUAGGUCGAAGUCUGAAGACUUAAACGCCUUUAAAAGGUUUUUUAAAGUACAAAGUAAAAUUCUGCAUUAACGGACCAAUAUUAACCGAACACCCAAUUUUAAUGAAUGGCUCUGAGUUUGUUUUAUAAACUGAUGUUUCUUCCCAUAUUUUCAGUAAACACCUGACGACCCUGAAAAGCGAACACCGGCGAAGAUUCCGCGGGUAUCCGCUUCAUACAUAGCCUGCGUGGCAGGCAUUUGAAAGGGAACGGAAAGUGAGUUUUAGGCGCGAGAAAAACGCGAGGCGUUUCCCUCCCUCCUUCCCUCCUCGCGCGCCCAUCGCGUUUCGCGUUUCUCCCUUUCCCUUCCCUUUCAAACGCCUGCCACGCAGGCUACUUCAUACAAUGCGGGUUUCAAUGUACGUUAUGUAUGGAAUGCAUUUAGGUUAUGACUCGACCUUCAAUGGUGUUAAAAUUGAUAAUUUUUGGCCCAUGGACAAGAUUUUAAACUUUGAGGAGGUUCUGAAUAGGGGGUACCUCGAUUAAACACUCUGUUAGCAACAUGUAACAGUUAGAUUUUAGGCAUUUUAACAAUGACAGUAAAAAACUCGCUGUAUAAUAGUAAUAUUUUUCCAGAAAGAAAAAAAACUUUCGGCUCCAAAAUGGCCGAUUUUUUAAGAUAAGAAUUGACAAUGCUAAGACUCUAGGUUUUUCAAGGAAACCCUGCGAAAACUUGACAGUAUUUCUCCAGAAACAGUAAACAUUCAAAAAAUUGGCCAAUUUAACAGCAAAUACCAAACGUUAUGGGCAAAUAACACUAAACCCCAUAUCAAGACCCUCUUUGAGUUACUGGUAAUCAAUAACUUAUAAUUGCUUGUAAUCCAUCAAACUAAAUGCCGUUCUUAAUUUUAGUCUCUCAACAGCGCCAGAAACGUAUUGUCCGUAUGCUUGUGAUUGUGGUCGCCUUAUUCGCUGUUUGUUGGUUGCCGUAUCACAUUUUAUUCCUCUACAUGGACUUCGUACAGCCUGAUAUGACCUAUGGCAUCUUAUCAGCCAUUAUGUCCACCCAGUGGUUUAUCUACUCCAACAGCGCCUGCAAUCCAAUCGUGUACGCGGUUCUCAAUACAAACUACAGACGCGAAUUUUUGAAGAUGAUAAGAUGUAAAAGCAAUGAGCAGCGUACAGUAAAGACAAAAGAUUUGAAAUUAAGCGGCAAAGUGGUGGAAAAUAACAUUUCAAUGACUGACUUUAGUGGUAAUGAAUCAGUACCAUCGUGCACAAGUACAACCGCAAUAUAA